AUGGUUGAAAGGGCAGUAGUAACUCCUACAAAUGAAGACAUUGAUAUGUUGAAUGAAAAGAUAAUCAAUAUGUUUUCGGGUUUAGAAGACACAAUGUAUUCAUUUGAUUCAGUUGAGGAUGACACAAGGAAUUUGUUUCAGCCAAAGUUCUUGAAUUCAAUCUCACUUGGUGGUUUGCCUUCGCAUAAGUUAACUCUGAAAAGAGGUGCUCCAAUUAUGCUUUUAAGAAAUAUUGAUCCAAAAUUGGGAUUGUGUAAUGGUACAAGAUUAUUGUGUCGUGGUUCUUACCGAAAUCUUAUUGAUACUGAAAUUCUAACUGGACAAUUUGUCGAAUCCAGAGUUUUCUUACCAAGAAACCCUUUCAAAAGUACUGAUACUGCCGGGCUUCCAUUUGAACUUACAAGAAAGCAGUUUCCAGUUAAACUAAGUUUCUCUAUCACUAUAAACAAAUCUCAAGGUUUUAUAUUUUGA